AUGAACAUCCUGCCCAAGAAGUCGUGGCACGUGCGGAACAAGGACAAUGUGGCCCGCGUGCGGCGGGACGAGGCGCAGGCGCAGGACGAGCAGCGACAGCGGGAGGCCCGGGCCCUGCUAGCCGAACAGGAGGCACGGACCGAGUUCCUGAGGAAGAAGGCACGGGUGUCUGCCCUGCCAGGACCCGAUGGCGGCUCGGCGCUGGCCCCCAGUGGCGAUGAUUCACGCCAUGUCGACCUCUUCCGGGACCUGGAGGAGGGCAAGGGCUCCAAGGCCGGGAACAAGGAGUAUGAGGAGGAGAAGCGCAGGGAAAAGGAGCGGCAGGAGAAGGCUAUCGGGCUGCUGACCUAUCUGGGGCAGAGUGCGGCUGAGGCCCAGACCAGCCCGCCGUGGUACCAGGAAGCCCCUGACCGCAGCCGGGAGGCAGCUGUGGUGACCACGCAGGAGCAGCUGAAGGGCAGACUGGACCCGCUGCGGGAGAUGGAGAGGCACCUGCGCAAGAAGAAAGGGGAGGGGAAGAAGCGCAAGAAGGAGAAAGAGAAGCCAGCAGGGGAGAAGGCGGCAGUGGGCUCUGCUCCCCUCUCCCUGGAGCAGCUGCGGCGGGAGCGGCUGCAGCGGGAGCAGGCCGAGCAAGCUCGGGCUGAAGCCCUGCUGGCCGGGCGCCAAGGGGAACCCCAACGUGGGGAGGAGGAGGAGCCGGACGACAGGAAACGCCGCUACAACUCCCAGUUCAAUCCGCAGCUGGCGCGCAGGCCCCGCAGCUGGGACGAGAGGGAGCAGCGCUGAGCCCUGCCGGUGCCCCCUGAAAGUGGUGGCCGAAACAGCAGGCCCUGGGCACAGAGAUUCCUGCACUGGGGUCACACAGCAGGUGGAACAGGGACACUGGCAUCACAGCAAGGCAGCCAGCAUGUGGUAUCCCUCUGCUGACUUAGGGGGGAGAGACACCGAGUGCUGUCCUCUCUGCCGCCCCCUUGGCCAUGAAGUUUGGCAUGGGGGUUGCACUCGGAGAGCCAGAACCCUCCUUGCUCUCAGAGGCGGGUGCUGGCUGCUCCACUGGGGCCCCAUGCUGGACACUCGCCUCUAGCGCCUGGCGUUAUUAGCGGCAGCAUGUACCAGGGGUUACCUGAACGCCCCACAAGGCAGGGGCCUGGAUACUAAUAAAAGGCGGUUGUCU